AUGCUCGCGUCGCUAGACGCGCACAACAAGAGCUCCGAACGUGGCUUCAUACUCACGUCACUUGACGUAGUUGCGCAUGAAAUAUCCGUAAUUCUCGGGCUCCGGCAUUCAAUACAAAUAAACUCGCUUGAACUCAUACCUACAAAAGACUCUACAAUGUCAAUGUUUUCUACUUCUCGAGCUCUAACUUGCCGCUUGACUUGCCCAUCUUCCACGCAAUUCUUGGGAUCUUUUGUAACUGCUCGAGCUUCUUCCAUUAUAUCUCGACCUUGGCGUACUACUCAGAUCACCCCCCGACAGUUCUCGGUUUACACAUCUUCCAGAAUGCCUGAAUCAUUGAAGCACGGAGAGGUCAACUCUCAGACCGACCCUUCAGUUGCAAAGCAAUAUGACACCGAGACAUCAAAAGUAGAACAGGUCAAGGAUUUCUACAAGAUGGUAGACGACCACAAAGUCAGCAUGCUCAACACGUACAGAAACGGCCUCGGUCCUGUCGGUCGUUCCAUGGCAGUAGCCAAACGCUCCGGCCCCGACAUCCUCUACCUCUCCAACGCACACUCGCAAAAAAUGACCGACCUCUCCCAAAACAAAGAAGUCCAAAUCACCUUCCAGGACACAAAAACCCAAGACUGGAUCUCCAUUACGGGAACAGUAGCUACCCUCUCCAACACAGACCCCCGCAUCAAAGACCUCCACAGUAAACCAAUCAAAGCGUGGUUCGGCGACCUGGGAGAUGGGAAACACGAUGGUGGGCCCGAGGACCCGCGCAUGACGCUGAUUGAGGUCAAAGCGAAGCAUGUUGUUUAUUACAAGACUGAGGUUGGCUCGUUGGGUAUGAUGAAGGAGGUUGGUGUUGCCGCGGUUACGGGGUCAGUUGCUAAGACUGGAGCUUUGAGGCAGUUGCAUGAGGAGGAUUUGGAGAAGGCGAGGACGAUGGGAUUGCCAAAACACGCGCUAGAAAACCACUCUCAAGCUAACCCCGCCACAUCCGGCUGUCAAAGCCAAAUUUGGCAAAAAGGACAAGAACAUUGCUUUCUACAUCAAAUGGCUCUCCAGAAUGCCGGGUUGGUGGAUGAUGUCGAAAGGUCCACCAACAUCCCUCCUCACAAUGUACCAGCACCUGGUCCAGCAGAAGAGCUUGCCAAAAGCGAGCCCAUCACUAAACUGCAACGAUGGGCUGAUAGGUUAGAUGAGUUUGCGGGUCUGGAGGUUCGUGGCAUUGAGCGCAUUCCGGAGGAAACCAGGGAAAGGGACAUGACGGCGCGCGAUUAUAUUGCUAUGUUCACUGUAUGGUUCUCAAUGAACUGUACUGCCAACCAAAUGACUCUCGGAGUCCUCGGCCCAGUAACAUAUAAAUUGAGUCUAGUGGAUUCGAUCCUUUGCUGCAUGUUCGGCACGAUAUUUGGAUCCCUCUGCACGGGUUACAUUUCUACUUUUGGUCCUCUUUCCGGUCUUCGAACGCUCAAUGUCGCAAAGUACACAAUGGGAUGGUAUCCCUCCAAACUCUGUGUAGUUCUCAAUCUGGUCAUUGAGCUCGGAUAUGGGUUGAUCGAUUGUCUUGUUGGCGGCUUGCUUCUUUCAGCUGUCAACGGCGGGGGAAUGAGCGUGAUUGUCGGUAUCGUUAUUGUCGCUGUCAUCACCUGGGUCGUUGCCACGUUUGGGAUCACGUGGUUUCACCGUUUCGAACACAUCGUCUGGGCACCAACCGUUCUCGUCCUCUUCGUCCUCAUCGGUGUAGCAGCCCCCCAUUUCGACACUUCCAGCAAAUCAGUCGGAACUGGCGCCGUGCUAGCCGAAAACCGCUUAUCCUAUUUCUUCCUCACAGCAAGUGGACCGUUGGGAUGGUCUUCAGCAUCCGCUGACUACAUUAACUACUACCCGGCCAGCGCCAAUCGAUGGAUGAUUCUCGCCAUGACAGCCGGCGGCAUCACAACCGGCAAACUAUUCAUCGAGUUUCUCGGAAUCGGUCUAGGUUCUGGACUUCUUUUAAACAAGGACUGGGCGAACGCGUUCGAGAGUCAGGGCGUAGGCGCUCUAAUCGUCGAAUCGUACAGUCCCUUACACGGCUUCGGAAAGUUUUGUUGCGUGAUGUUGGCCCUUUGUAUUGCAGCGAAUAAUAUCCCCGGGACGUAUGCUGCUGCUUUGAACUUCCAACAGCUUGGCCGUCCUUUGGAUAGGGUGCCGAGAUUUGUUUGGUCUACCUUCGCUUGCAUUGUAUUCACCAUCAUCGCUAUCGCUGGACGGGAGCGACUGUUCGACAUCUUCAUCAAUUUUCUUUCGAUUAUUGGGUAUUGGACGAUCAUUUGGAUCACUAUGACGUUCCAGGACGAGUACCUCUUCCGGCGUGGGAGGUUUGAUUGGGAGAUUUGGAACUGUCGCGACGCACUGCCUCAUGGGUAUGCUGCACUGUUUGCUUUUUGUGUGGGCUGGGUUGGUGCCGUUUUAUGCAUGUAUCAGACAUACUAUACCGGUCCUAUUGCUUCUUUGGUUGGGAAUGGUGCGGAUCUGGGAUUGCCCGUCUCGCUGGCUUGGACUGCCAUUGUAUAUCCUCCUGCGAGAUGGCUGGAGCUUAAGUUCAUUGGAAAGUAG